AUGCCAAAGCCCAAGCGUAAUAUCCAAGCAGUGGCGGAGGAGACACUAACACCACCUGAUAUUCUCCGGCCCGGCCAGAAAAUCGCGCGUGUGAAAAAUGCCGCUGGGAACAACCUGUAUCACCUGGAGCUGCCUGAUGGCGAGGUACUUCUGGCCGAGCUGCCGGCAAAGUUCCGCUCGACUAUCUGGAUUAAGCGGGGCUCAUUCGCCCUAGUCGACACAUCUUCCAUGGCUGAUCGCGACAACAAGCUGGGCGGGGACAUCGUCAAUCUUGUUGGCGAUGAGAAGGCGUGGAGGAAAGCAUCGUUCUGGCCAAAGGAGUUUGAAGCGAAGAGAUCCACCUAUACAGCGGACUCCGACGACGAAGAGGAUGAUGGCCCGAAGUUUCCACCCUCCGAUGACGAGUCGGACUAA